AUGCUACUCAGUACGUCAACUCACUCAUUUCACAGUCUUGCUAAUACCUUUGUUCUAUCUUCGAUACUGUCUGCUUGUCACUUUUUAGCUAUUGGUCUGAUUAUUGGCAUCACAGUCGCCUGCCUCGUACCAAUUGUCCUGUUCCCGCUCUUCGGAUUCCUCAUCUUCCGAAAUCGGGCCAGACUGAACAAACACCGAGCCGCCUUUUCUGACGCCUCGAUCAGGAGUAAGAAUGUGGACGACUCAAAGAAUGCCGCAAACAUUGACAAACCAGGCCUGGACAUCAAUAAAAUCCGUCACUCGCUGCGGAACAAGUUAGUUCAGCAUUCAGCUUUUGUACCUUAA